AUGGUCUCAGUAGAGUUUGAAGGUGAUUAUCCUCGUAUGAGGCAGAACAAAAGCUCAGAACAGUCUAAAAAAGCAUUCCUUCGAGGUCGGUCCAACACUGAUCCAUUUUUACUCAAUUCACUUACAUGCAUUGUUGUUGUUGUACUAAUAUUCACUGCUUACGUUGUUGUCGUGCUCAAUACUUUCCUGCCUUAGGUUGAAUGCCACUUAGUGAGAUUUUGAAUUCUGAAAUGGCUUAGAACGAAUCUGACUUAAAAAGGAUCAUGAAUUGGAUGGUUCAUGUUGAAAAUGCUUUGUGAACUAUGUCGGAUAUAUUUUCCUGUCUAAUCAGUUAAGUUUUACUUUGGGAACGUCAUGAAGAUCGUAAUGUUGAUUACCAUGCAAUUCUUAUAAUAUUCCAUUCGGGCUCUUACAAUUUUUAGUCUUUCCCUCUUAUGGCCGGUAUAAUAGGUUGAACGCUUCAUUUAAAAAGAGGAGGGGAUCUUAGUUCUCAGGGAUUCAGCUGUAGAUGGGAGAAAAAUGGUCAGCUCGUGGAAGAUCCUGUGAUCUAAGCUUAUAUCUCGGUCUUUUCUUCUAAAUUCCGUUCAUAUUGAUUCUUUUUUCAGGUGGGAAAUUCCCUUGUAUUCUUUCACUUUCCUCUGGGAAUUUUGAUGCCAUGUCGGCUACACUCUGCAUACAUUUCACCUUUGUUGUUCUGGGGAAAAUAUUUUUUUAUCUGGGAAAACAGACGAAUGUAGUUGGGUAAACUUCAAAUUGGCGUUUGAUAAUCAUUUCCAGCCACCACCCAACAAAACUAACUUUUGAAGAAUUAUAUUGUAGUGUUGAAUUCCAUUGCAUUUUGAAAUGCUAUGGAGAGUGGUGAACUGUUGCAAAAUAGAAUCACAUCAGUACAUGCUACAUAUUUAAAUUAAAAGGCUACUUGGUACUGUUUGCUUUAAUUCUGAAAUAUCUUUUGAAUUUUGAUGCUCUGAGUUCUCCUUUAUCUAUAAAUUAAACCCGAAAUUCUAUUUUUGAUACACAUUUGGAUGACUUGCUUUCUAAUCGAGUGUCAUGAAGAAAUGCAAAAUUCUAGAAAUAAUUUAAAAUAAUUUCUUUUGUUGGUUCUUUUACUUCAGGAGAUGUUCCUUGUUACGUUUUAUCCUAACUUGGGGGUUUACUACUCUUGAAGCAACUAAUAAUUCUCCUCAUUCCAAUGCACGUGGCAAAGGAAUUUGAUCCUUUUAUUAUAAAAACUAUUUGGAUCUUGUUAAAUGAGCUUUCUUGCCCUCAGAUAGCAACUGUGCCGUAUAAUGUUUUUCCAUACAUUUUAAAUUUCGAUGAAGAACUGUUUCAGCAAGAAUUUUGUUUUCUGGUACUGUAAUAGGAUUUUAGAUUGUAGAUGUCAUUCUUUUCCAUUGGAUUGUAAUCUUUUCUCUAUCAGAGUCGUUCAUUCACUCGUUCCUACCACUUCAUCUUUUCAUGAUUUGUGCGAAGAUGACUUUUUUUCUUAUGCUAUGAGAUGAAUGAGAAAACCAAUGUUCUGUGUGCUUGUCAGAAUAAUGUAGAUUUUAUGCAUUUUCCCUUAUUUUAAUGUUGAUUCUUUUGUUCCUGUAUAUCAUGAGCAUGCUAAUUUUAUUAUGUUUCCAAUCAUGUUUGACUCUUGUAGAUGCAAGUGUUCCUGUCUUCUGGUUUGGCACAUCAAACAUUUCUGAUCGUGAUUGGUGUUUGGGUUUUCCACGUGCUAGUGAGGAACAAUGUUUACUGGAUUCUCUUCUUCUUGCACAGGUAUAUAUUCUUGAUUUUCAUACCUUUUGCAUUUAUCUUUUACUAGUCAUCAAAUAGUUCUUAGAUGAGAUUGAGACUGAAAAGGAAAUGGGGAGCUGGAGGGAGACGAGGAGCGGAAGUGAAAGAGGAAAUAUGGUGAUGCUGAUGGACGGGUAAUGGUGAAGUUUAGUGGAUGAGGUGAAGAAGGAACAAGACAAGAAAAGUGGGAGAUGAGACAGAGUACAUAAGAAUAGCAGGAAGAGUAGGUGCAGAAUGAAAAAUCAAAUAUGAAGGAGAAGGAUAUCUCCCUGAACCACCCAGUGAUUACAGAGAUCCGAGAGGGCAUCCUUAUGUUCUAUUUACCUUCCAACGGCCUACUUUUUUGUAAUUUUUUCUUGUGAUUAUUUUUGCAGUGGGAAGAUCGUGCACUGAAGGGCCUUCUCAGAUAUGAUGUGAACUCCUGUGAAACCAAGGUAUUCUUUUGCGCAUAAUUCUACAUGUAGUAUUAUGUAGAUGCUUGGAUUUGCCUGAGAAAGGAUUUUUACUUAAUUUUUCUGAGGUCUUUUUGAUGAUUUUAUAGGUCGUCGUUGGAGGGAAAAGUUUCAUCGUCCUGUUGAACGAGAGUUGGAAUGCGAACUCCUUUAAAGAAGAUCAGGCCAAAGUGAAUCGAACAGACUGUGUAAAAUUUAACCAUGCGAAGCCUGAUUUUGAGGAUUUGCUGUUCUGUGUUGCGGACGGAGAUAAGGACAGUCCUGAGAUUGUCUCUUCAGCAACAAUUCCACUGGAUGGCAUGUUCAUUGUUAUUAAUGUGAGGAUCCCAAUUCCAAAGAUGGCAUCUUAUUGUUAUUAAUGUGAACAAUAGAGCUAACUUAUUGCACAGUGCAUUUGGAUUCUUAACUUGUCAUUAUUUAUUUAUUUUUUGCUUUGAAGGCGAACCCUGUUGAGUAUGGACAUAUCUUCAUAGUACCUUGCAAUUUAUAUCAGCCACCAAAUGCUACUGACAAGAAAUCCUUGGAGUUUGUCCUUCGGUUUUCUUCCGAAGUAAAGAACAGCACCUUUUAUGCAUUCUAUGACCGUCCUUCCUCGAGUUCUCACCUGUACUUUCAGGUAAAGUGAUCCUACCCCAUCAUGGUUGAUUUCCUGCUCUCCUCCACUUGUGAAUUUAUAUUUCAUGUGGCGUUGACAGAGUUGUUAGAGUAAAUUCCCAGUAUUUCGAAUUGGUUUUUAUUUUUGUUCAUCAUGUUUGCUAAUUUAUAUCUAGAUAAAACAUCAAAAUAGACGAUCGUAACUUUUCCUCACAUUGGCACAUACCGGAAUGGUGGCCAUCUUUGAACUAUAAUCUACACUGCAAAGUAAGCACUCAAGAUCCCAGAAGUUAGCCAUCAAAUCUAGUUGGAGAAGAUAUUGCUAACUCUAUGAUCUUAUGUUAUUAGGUAGCAUACUCCAUUGACUCUUUGUCUCCUCUUGUGUAACGUGCAUGGACUUGCAACAUUUUUGGAUUAUGAUCACGGACUUAUCUACAUAAAUGGUUCCUUCGUGGUAAUUCGUAGCUGAGAAUAGAUGGGAUGUUUUUGUAACCACUUGAAGAAAACUAGAUUGCCACUCCUGUUCAUGCAAUGCCAGUGAUCCCCAUCUGCAGGCCUGCUACUUCCCAAAUCCAUUUCCUGUGGAGUUCACGCCUAUUAUUCCAUUCUUUGGAGAGGAAGGAGGCAUACAAAUCUAUGAGCUCGCGGACUACCCCACAAAGGCUCUGGUGUUCAUCGGCAAGGAGCAUCAAUCACUUGCCCGCAAAGUUAGUGAGAUUUGCUCUCAUCUAGAGAGAGAAAACACUCAAUUCAGCUUGCUGGUUUCCGACUUUGGCUUGAAGGUUUUCCUGUUUCCUCAGGUAAACAUUGAAACGCUUCCGAGUUCUGAGGCUCUGGAAUCCUAUAAUUUCCCCUCUGCUUAGAAAAUAUUUGGUUGCUGGAGUUUUCAUGCCCGUGAGGGGCCGAAACUGAUCUCCGAUGGCGUUCAUGGCUUGGCUGGCCAGGUUCUGGAACCCGGCCAUCCCCACCUUGCGGCGUGGGAGUGUGGGGGCCACCUGGUGUUCACCGAUCAGGCGGACCUCGACAAGGCUACAGAGGGGGAGAUAUGGAAACAUCUGGCUGAGGUCUCUGUCACUGACAGCUGCUUUGAAGAACUGAAGCUGAUCUGCUGCAACACCGCUGCUGGCUGA